GGAAGUUUCUGCAUAUUCAGACAAUAUUUUUUAUAUCAAUUUUUUGGUCGAAUCAUGAAGUCUUUUACUUGGUUUAUGGUUUCCUGUAUUCUUAUGUAUUGUGUUCUCAACCACGUGAAAGAGGUGAAAUCGGUGGAGGAGAAUGUGGUGUGCAUCAAGUCACAAGUAUUCGAACAAAACUGUGGAUGGGAUGGGAACAAGACGUGCAUCAAAGGCUUUAACAAAAUCAAAGAGUACCCUUUUUCUUGCGAGUGUAGCAUCUAUGAUGUAGACAAUAGCAGACGUUUGUGCAAAUGUAAAUUCCCAACUUCCCCUUGCUAGGUUUUAUCUAAAGAGCAUGUACAAUUAGUCGUGCCGGUCUAAUGUAUCUUCGAAUUAAAUUACUUCAUAUCUAUGCACAAGAUCAA